UUUUUUAGCUGCCAUCUCUCCUGCAUGCUUCCACCUCAUACUCACAUUGCUAUUGACCAGAGAGGAGCACCCAAAGCGCUCGGCUUGUAGUCAGUCAGUCACUGAGGCAGUAGAUUAAAGACAAGCCGAGUGUAAAACUAAGACGAGGAGAAAUACUUCCUGUUUACUUCUUCUUCCUUUAAAAGAGGAGGCGGUUUUGACAGGAAGAUUGAGAGGAAGUAGGAAAGCAGAGAAGAACGGCUCUUCUUUACUCGAUAACCAUGCUGCUCCUGGAUGAAUCGGAGUCAUUCGCAGACCAGUCCCGCAGCGCCCCCUUCGGCUCCGAGAAUGAGGCUCAGGGAGGCGACUCUGCCGCAUGGCAGUGUACCCCUCCCUCAUCUACCUCACCUUCAGGGGAGACGCCAGCCCACCCUCCUCUUGUGUCCAGACACCGCUCCAGGCCGGCCAGCCAAAGCCCCUCCCCUCCCCCCGCCCUGACAGGAACCAAGAAGAGAAGCUCCAAACCGGCACACAUGAGACGCAACAUCAGGAAGUUACUGAGGGAGCAUCAGUUAGAGGCAGUGACCAAAGCAGCCCAGCAGGACGAGUUGGAGAGGAGGCGACGUCUGGAGCUGCAGAGCAAACAGGAUUUCCCCGUACCACUACUGCCUGAAUACACAACUGGUGAUGUGACGAAGCACGUGUCGUCAUCGUCGGCAUCGACGGCGUCGCAGCAAGAAGUGAAGGCGGUCAGACGGGAAGUGAUCUGCCUGGACUCGAGUAGCACCGGAAUCAGCGAGGACGACAGCAAGACUAACGUACCCGCAUCCACUGCCACAGAGCAAACACGCAAAACAGAUGUGAUCGAUCUGAGCAUUGGCCAAGACGACACCAUCGUCCACGCCAGCAGCGAGUCCGCCAUCGAGGAAGAAGAGGGCGAACUGAGCGACGCGCACGUCAUCGACGCCCUUAACCAACCGGACAGCUGGGGAAGGGUGCUGGUCAACGAGAACCAUCCGGCUGAGGAGAAGGACAUUUUCCUGUUGCCUCAGCUGGCACGAGCAGUCAAACCUCACCAGAUCGGUGGAAUCCGUUUCCUAUACGACAACCUGGUGGAGUCGGUGGAGCGGUUCGGCAGCAGCAGCGGAUUCGGCUGCAUCCUCGCUCACAGCAUGGGCCUGGGCAAAACACUGCAGGUCAUCUCCUUCAUCGACGUCCUGUUCCGACACACCCAGGCUCACACGGUGCUCGCCAUCGUACCUGUGAACACGCUGCAGAACUGGCUGUCAGAGUUCAACAUGUGGAUCCCGCCCCCGGAGGCGUUACCUCCAGAUACCGACCCGGGACUGGUGAGGCCACGUGCCUUUAAGGUUCACAUCCUCAACGACGAACACAAGAACACAACGACCAGGGCCAAGGUGGUGGAGGAAUGGGCUCGGGAUGGAGGGGUGCUGCUGAUGGGCUACGAGAUGUACCGCCUGCUGUCAAUGAAGAAGAGCUUCGUGGCUGGGAGGAAGAAGAAGAGCAAGAAAACAACAGGACCGGUCGUCAUCGACCUGGACGAAGAGGACAGGCAGCAGGAACUGCUUAAAGGCAUCGGGAGAGCCUUGGCACGGCCUGGUCCAGACGUGGUGAUCUGUGACGAAGGCCAUCGCAUCAAGAACUGCCACGCCAGCACGUCGCAGGCUCUGAAGAACAUCUGGACCCGACGCCGCGUCGUCCUGACCGGCUAUCCGCUCCAGAACAACCUGAUCGAGUACUGGUGCAUGGUCGACUUUGUCCGUCCUGACUUCUUAGGUACGCGGCAGGAGUUCAGUAACAUGUUUGAGCGCCCCAUUCUGAACGGGCAGUGUGUGGACAGCACGCCUCAGGACGUCCAGCUGAUGAGGUACAGGAGCCACGUCCUGCACAGCCUGCUGGAGGGCUUCGUACAGAGGCGAGGUCACGACGUCCUGAAGGACCAGCUGCCCUCUAAAGAGGAACAUGUGAUCCUGGUGCGUCUGUCUCCCCUGCAGAGGGCGCUCUACACAGAGUUCAUGAACCGCUUCAGAGAGGCAGGAAACAGCGGCUGGCUCAGCCUCAACCCACUGAAGGCUUUCUGCGUCUGCUGCAAGAUUUGGAACCAUCCAGACGUGCUGUACGAGGCCUUACAGAAGGAAAACUUGGCCACUGACCAGGACUUGGACCUCGAUGACAUCACUUCCACGGGUCCCUCCCGAUGUCCGACCGCACACAAUCAAAAGUCCAAGCCGCUGGAGAGCCCUAACCCCAUUGGUGGACUGAGUCUCAACCAGCUGCAGGAGAAAGCCAAUCAGGUCAUCACUUACGAAUGGGCAAAGGACAUCCUGUAUGACUACAAGCCAGGUAUCCUGGAGAACUCGGCAAAAAUGGUGCUGCUGUUCCAUCUGAUAGAGGAGAGCGUCAGGAAGGGAGACAAAAUCCUCGUCUUCAGUCAGAGUCUGUCCACACUGACAGUGAUCGAAGAUUUUCUGGCUAAGAGACCCGUGCCUCCAUCGCCCAACACGUCCAGCAGAGACGGACCAAACCAGAACUGGGUCCGCAACCUCAACUACUACAGACUGGAUGGAAGUACAACGGCCUCAGAGCGAGAGAGACUGAUAAACCAGUUCAACGACCCGUCCAACACCUCAGCGUGGGUCUUCCUGCUGUCGACCAGGGCUGGUUGUCUGGGCGUAAACCUGAUCGGGGCGAACCGUGUGGUGGUGUUUGACGCCUCCUGGAACCCGUGCCACGACGCCCAGGCCGUGUGCCGCGUCUACCGCUACGGUCAGAGGAAGCAGUGUCACAUCUACCGGUUGGUGUGCGACUUCACGCUGGAGAAGAAGAUCUAUGACCGGCAGAUCUCCAAACAGGGCAUGUCGGACCGGGUGGUGGAUGACCUGAACCCUGUGCUGACCUUCACCAGGAGGGAAGUGGAGUCUCUUCUUCACUUCGUGGAGGAAGAGCCGGACCCGUCCCAGGUCCAGCUGCAGCCCCAGGACAGCAUGGAGAGCGUCCUCAGGAAGGCUCUGCGCCUCUAUCCUCAACAGAUAACGAAGCAACCAUUCCCCCAUGAGUCCCUGCUGAUAGACCGCAGGGAGCUGAAGCUGAGCAAGGCUGAGAAGCAAGCAGCAAAGAAAGGUUACGAGGAGGAGAAGAGGGCGUCUGUGCCGUACACCCGCCCUUCCUACGCUCACUACUACCCUGCCAGCGACCAGAGCCUCACUAACAUCCCCGCCUUCAGUCAGAGAAACUGGCGUCCACCUCCUCUUGCUGAAGAGAAGCCGGUGUCCAGUGUCCGGCCGGUCCAGUCAACUCCAGUUCCCAUGAUGCCCCGACAUGCGUCUGCAGGCUCUGCCCCAGGCAGCGACUCCUCAGAGUCCAGCCUCGGAGGUUUUCCUGUCAAAUGCCUGCAAAAAGCCGGUGUGUUUGUACAAAAGAUCGUCACCACUACUGACAUAGUGAUUCCAGGCACCAACAGCUCAACAGAUGUCCAGGCCAGGAUCACUGCUGGAGAGAGCAUUCACAUCAUCAGGGGCACCAAAGGGACUUACAUCAGGUCGUCCGAUGGUCGAAUCUUUGCCAUCAGAGCAGCUAAUAAGCCCAAGACUGCAGAGGAGAGUACUGCAGCGCCACCCAAAGACUCCCAGGACCUACCAGAGGAAGUGUCAACCAAUGGCAGCAAUGGUUGCCUGUCACCUGACAGGAAGCAGCAGGCGCCCUCCAAGACUGUGCCCCGCCCUCUUUCACCUGACAGCCCAGAGAUCAUCAGCGAGUUGCAGCGCUACACGGGUGUCACGGGAGCCGGCACCAGCGCAGUUUCCAAAGCUCAACCAGAGAGCAACAUGAUCAGCCUGCCUUCCACCAAACUGGUUCAAACCAACGGCAGCAAUGAAAAUAUGAGCCACCAUGACGCCUCUGUGACUAAUGUAAUCCAGCCCAACAUGGACGCCACUGCCACCCAAGACCUGAGAACGGGCUCCAAGCGCAAAGUGUCCACCCCGACCCUGGAUGAGCGGCCCAGUAAGCAGCCCUCUGCAGGGAAACACUCCUCAGCCCCUUUGGCAACACAAGGCUUCCCCUUCCCCUUCACCGGGGGAUACAGCCUUCCUCCACUGGGCCUCAACCCCGCCAUGUUCUCGCCUUACUUCCAGCCCCCCCACACUCAACUGAGAGACCCCGGUUACAUGUACCCGGAUUUGUUCGGCUUUGGCGGAGCCAGCGCAGUCCCUGCCUCCUCUUCCUCCUCCUGCCCGACGACAAACACGCUGACUGCCGUCUCAUCUUCCUCAUCAUCUUCUGCAUCAGUUAAAGCCGCCAGUUCAGUUCCAGGAGCCCUGCCGCCGUUCAUGCUGAGCCCCAGCAUGGUGGGCAUGGCUGGGAUGCUCCCACCGGGCUUCCCUCUCACUUACAGUCAGUCCCUGGCUAGCCUCUACACAGGGUCCAUGCUCCCGGGAGGGCUGCCGGGUCCAGCCGCCACUCCCGGUCCAGCUGGAGCCAGCUUCCUCUCCCAGUACCCUCCCACUGCUGCCUCCAGUUCCUCCUCAUCUUCUCCUUCCUCCUUCUCCCCCUCGGCGCGGUCUGAGGGCCACCGGGGCACGGUGCUGAUGAACGGCAGGAAUGUCAGCAGCGCCAGCAGCUCGGAUGAUGAUGAUGAUGAUGAUGAUGAUGAGGAUGUGAUUGAGGUGAGGAGACAGUGACAGACGGAUAAUGUGGCUGUUUGAGCAAGCUUGAUCCAAUUUAAAAAAUCAUGGGAAUAGGAUGACUUCCUGUUUGCUGGGAGGCGAGCUUCAAAGGGCUUGAGCUGUGAGGGAAAUGGACAAAAUUGAAAGACAAUUGAUGUGAUGACAACUGAGCCCCUGCUUAAGUGUUUCCUCUGUUCGCCUUGGAGAAACCGUCUGAAUGGGGAUUGAACACAGACUGGACACAAAGCAACAAGUCUUAAUGCUGACUAUCAGAAGAUUAAACCUGUGGAAGAAAAGGAAAAUCAGACUUUGGGCUUCCAAGUUUUUGUCCAAUACUGGCAUUUAAAAUAAUCACUGGACUUAGAACUGCUGAGUGUGGGUCUGCAGUGGUUGUAGUGUUGGCUUUAGAGAUUCUAGUUCUGCAGCUUUGCUAAAUGUCGAAACUCUCUUGCUUUUUUCAGCUCAUUAAAGCGAUGACGUAGCGUGAAGUUGCUUGUAUUAAAAAAAGAAGUUUGAUAAUUAAGUUAGUAACGUUUGGUAAAUAUCAGUAACUGAAAUGGUUUUGUUUGUCAGUUGUAGAAUAUUGCUUCUGAAUAUUUCUUCAAAUGGUAAAAAUGAAAAAGGUAAAAAGAUCAAACGGAACUUUUAAAGAAGCAUUUUGAUUGAACUUAAUAAUUCACUGCCAGGACAGGGGUAUUGUACGAUUUUGUUCUCGAAGAAAAAAAGACUAGCGGGAUCAUCUUGAAUUAUCAAGGAGGUUAGAGACAAUUACUGAAACCUUAAAACUCUAAUGUAAGAAUGUACGCUUAAUCAAAUGCCUUUAAACCGGCCUUUUUGAAAAGACUCCUUCUCUUAACACAUCAGAUGUGGAAAGAUCAGAUUUUUUUCUUUUUGUGCAUUUUAUAUUUCUGUAAUCUCUUUGACUUUUUAAAGAAAAAUCAUUGCCUAAAAACAGCCAGGUGAAAAUGAGGAAAAGAAACUGUUCUUGUGAGGUGUCCUCCUCGUAGCGGAGAAACAACCAACAGAAAAUGCCUUUCUGCCUCCAUCUUUCUGAAUGUUAACUGUGAGAGAGGAGAGGUAAAGAGAGACGGACUCUCUGAAUCUCACCCACAGUCUUACUGUAGCCUAGCGAAAAAGCGAUGCAAAACACUCACUCAAGCCUAUAUAUGUAUUCGUACGAGGAAUUAAUCUCGCAAACCCCGAGUUUUGGUUACGCUUGUGUCGUUGCCGUGUCCGUAUCUGUGUGUUGUGUUGUUAGGGGUCAGAAAAGGAAUCGUUUAAAAAAAGAAUAGGAGCUCACGUUACUCUGUUUGAUAGAUUCCACCUCUGCUCUGCUGAUUUUAUUCCCCUCGCUCUGUCUCAUCUCAUUUUGUGAACAGAGGUCAUCGUGAAAACCAAACUGAUUUUUCUUUUUCUUUUUUUGGAGAGAUGAUGUAGCUUUGCCAAAAAAAAACGAGAAAUGCGCAAACACAUCGGAGACCUCCGUGGAAGAGGAUUGUGUACAUAUCCUCUGUAUGACCUUGCAGGUAACACUGUACACUGUACUGCACUGUAAAAGAGACACAACUCUGUUUACGUCUGUAGGAAGCUGGGAAAGCUUCAGCAUGUGACCAAGUUCCCCUCAGAUUACCCAGAAACCAUUGUUCUGCUGUUCCCAAUGGAUCCCCUCUAAUCACACAAACCGAUCUAAUACGGUCCGCACUGCCCUUAUGUGGAAAAGUGUCCUCCAAUGGCAGCAAAGAGCUUUAACACCAGCAGCUCUUAUUUGUGUUGAAACUCUUUAACAUCGUUGAGUAAAGACAACAGCAUUUCAUGUUCUUUCUCUUCCAUGUAUUUGUUCUUCAUACUGAACAUUUGUAUUUACUUAUGUUUCAUUUUUGUUCUCUUCUUUUUACAAUGUUUGAAUUUACCAAAAUGUAUUUAUUUAAGACUGUGCAUAUUUAUUCAUUUUUAUUUUUGUACAAUGUUUUUUCUUUUCUUCUUUUUUUGGUUUCCCUUUUCUCGCUUUUCUUUAUCUUGUUUGUAAUAUUUGUACGGUCAUAUUACUAUUGUUGUUACUACAGAUGGAAAUGCUUUGGUUUCUUGUGAUUGUUUGUGUUCAAGUGAUGAUCUGCGAGUCUGACCCAGCGCAUGUGAACUUACCAGUUAGUUUGUUACUGUGCACAUUUAUAGCCGGAGUAGCAUCUUUAAGAAGGAUGGAUUACUGCGAUCAGCUCUUUAUUAUGAAAACACCCCCCCCCUCCCCCCAAAAAAAGGACAUCAGGGAUAAGUGAUUUUAACCGUGAUACUGAGCUGUGUUAAAACCUUUGUUCUCAUUUACAUGAGCUCAGAUUCAUCAGCAGAAUAUCCUUCCUGUUCACAUGUGUGUCCACAAUUAGGAUACAAAUCGUAAGUAUUUAAUAAUAUGAGCCAUGUGUGCAUGUUAAAUGAAGCUCCGUCACAAGUUAUGGGUCAGAAACUGAAGCAGUCCAACCACUAAUCACCUGAAAAGAAAAGAAAAGAAAAUUAUAUCAACUGAUUUUCUUUCCUUUUUAGUUUUGUAUGGUCCCAUCACCAUAUCAUCAGAAAUGUCCGUCUGUGUCGUCUCCAUAAUGACAAACGAGCGAGUUUCCUCCGUGUUGAACUGUUUGGUUGCCAGCUCUGCGUUUGUCGCGCCGACCGACUGCUCUUUCGUUUCACAGCUUUCUACUUGAAUUUACAUAUUUAUUUAUACAAAUCGAUUCGGUCGGACGAGCUGAGCCGACCGUCUAAAUUCCAUUUUAGCCGAGAAGAAGAUUAAAGCUGCUGUCUUUGAGGGUUGGCUCUAGUCAAAGCCUGUUGUGUAGUUUAUCAAUGGAUAAUGUGUAUGACCAUGGAUUACUUUUAGAUCCUUUUGUUUUUUUUGCUUUUUGAAGUUUGUAAAUAAAAAGAAACGUGUUCUACAUAAUA